AUGGGCAAUUCCAGUAGUUCCCGUUCGAUCUCUUCAAAAAUUCCAACAGUUCCUGUUCAAUCAUCAAAACCCCCAGAAGAUUCAUCACUGACACUUGGCUAUUGCAUCAACCUCUUCAAAAUGGUCCACAAUGCAGGCGAUGCAAACAAUGUGAUUGAUGCCAUUAACAAGCUCUUGGACUCUAUUGAAAAUAAGUCAAAAAAAGAUAAGCGGAAGAGCAUUGUGGAAUCAGAAACAACAGAAAAUGGUAGCUUAUGGAGGUCCCUUUUGAACAGUGGUGGUGCAUUUCUCGAAUUUGUCAAUAAGCAUAUUCAGAGAGGCCAGGAGAAGGGAGACUUCAUUUUUCAGCUUGGUGAAACAAGAAAACCUGUUGCAGAAAUAUUACAAGCUGUUGGUAAGAUGCACUGGAUAAUAGGAGGACUAUCUAUUGUAGCAUAUUUGUUAGACCAAAUUGAUCAAAUGCGGGAAAAUAGAACUGAAUGCUUGGAGCUCUUGAGGCAAAUGUUAAAGCUUGCUGGUCAUAUCAGACAACUAAACUAUGACAUGCCACAAUACGAGAAGAAAUUCAGCGAGGCAAUUUUCUUGAUUGUUGAAGGAUCAAUGAUGUGUGCCUCUCAAUUGAAUUCCAAAGCACUCUUCCGCUUUUUGAAAUCUUUUGUGAACUCGAAGAGCUUGAGUGAUCUUCAAUCAAAAAUAAAUCAGCUCUAUCAGGACCUCACUUUGACUGCUGUAAUAGCAGUAAAUCACCAACUGCCUAUCAUUGCCUCUCCAUCACAACCUAUUUAUCCAUCUUAUGCAGUUGGGAUCGAGCAGCAGAUACACCAACUAAUGCAGUUGCUGGACAUGACCACAAGGGAAAAGACAUCAUGGGCUGUGGUUAUUUAUGGUUUUGGAGGCAUUGGAAAGACAACACUUGCUAAAGCUGUUGUUGCGAAAUCGAAAACGAUUCUGAAAGAUUACAACUAUUGUGGAAUUGAAUUAUAUGAAGAACCUUUCAAGAAUGAUUUUAAGAGCCUACAACAGAAAAUCCUGAAUGAUGCUUUCCCAAAUUAUUAUGGCAAACACGUAAUAAUAAGAGAUUGUGCAGAUGGUCGGUAUCAUCUUAUGGAAGCUUUAAAAAGUGAAGCAAAUAAACCUGCAUUUAUUUAUAUAGAUAACGUUCUCCGUGCACCUUACCUGAAAGAGCUUCUGCCUGAAAAUUUGAAAUGCCUUCCCCAACACAGCAGGAUCCUCAUCACAACAAGAAAUUUGGCUGUAGCAGAUGUCCUUGUAGAACGUGGUCUUGAGCGGCGCAAAUAUUGUGUGAAUACUCUCUCCCCCGACAAUGCAAAGAAAAUCUUGUGCGAGGAUCCCUCAAAUCCUCGUUACAACAAAAAUGACAUGGACAGAAUUGUGCGGAUUUGUAAUGGAAUUCCACUAGUUCUCAAAAUUGUUGGUGUUCGUUUGAAGAAGCAGGGAUACAAGGCUGAGAAAUGUUCUCAAAUACUUGAAGCACUGGAAAAAGGAAAGGAUAUUAAAGAAGAUAACCUAAGUGGCCGUUUAGUUGAUUUUGUAUACAAGGAGUUUGAAGCUUCUACUCAGGAGGCAUUUUUAGACAUCUGCUCUUUCUUUAAUAACUGGGACAUCCACCAUGUACGAUAUAUUGUGGGGGCAGAAGAGGUGACAUCCCUAGAAGAAGCAGCAUUGGUCAAUUCAUCUGAUGAAAACAAGUUGAAUGUCCAUGAUGUAAUCAUGGCCAAAGGACGUAACAUGUCUCAGUCUAAUAGAAUAAUGGAUCAACAAGCUCUAUCUGAAAAUGAUCGCCGGAAUCUCAAAGAAAUCAAAGGAGUCUGGCUUAUGGAGGAUAAGUCCACAUAUGUACUUCAAGAAAGUAGCUUAAAUUCAAUGAAGGAUUCACUAAGAGUUCUUGCCUUGGGAAAUCAGAUCAGAGUCAACAGACAAAGCCAGCAAAAUUUUAAAGAACUAAGAUUCCUUCGAAUAGGUGGCAACAUUCCUUGUUUACCCGUGAAUUUACAGAAACUGGACCGAUUGGCUGUGUUCCAUGGCCCCAUCUUCGUGGAAGGCUUUAGUUUGCACCAGUUACCAAAUACAUUACGAGUGGUGAAAGCCAUGGAGCAGUCUGAUCUGAGCACAUACACACAUUCACAGGCAUCCAAAUCAAUGCACAGCCACAAAAACUCUUCCUUGAAAGAACUGGAUUUGAAAGAAUUGAAAAAUUUGCAGAGAUUACCAUUUGGCCUUGAUCAAUUAAUUGCCUUGCAGACUCUGAUAUUAGAUGAUUGGGAUAAAAUGGAUGAGUUACCCAGGCAAGUAUGUGACCUGCCUUCAUUGAGAAAAUUGAGUAUCUGUAAUGGUGCUUUGUUAAGGUAUUUGCCAGAGCUGAUUAGUCAACUAAGCUCUUUAAAGGAGCUGAAUUUAACAGGUUGCAGGACAUUGAAAGAAUUGCCCUCAAGCUUUGGAAAACUCCAGUCUUUAAAGGAUUUGAAUUUAGCAGAAUGCUUAGAAUUGAAAGGAUUACCUUCUAGCUUUGGUAAGCUGAGAUCUUUAGAGGUCUUGAAUUUAGAAGGCUGCUGGAAAUUGCAAGCAUUGCCUUCGACCUUUGGGCAACUCAGCUCUUUAAAAAAACUAAGUCUAAGAUCAGAUCAACUGAAAGAACUGCCUUCCAAUUUCGGGCAACUCAACAAUUUAACAGAAUUAAGCUGCAACUGUGUGGAAUUGACGGAAUUGCCUUCAAGCUUUGGACAUCUCAAGUCUUUAACAAAUUUGGAAUUAACAUGUUGCACAAAGUUGAAAAGUUUGCCAUCAAGUUUUGGGCAGCUUGCAUCUUUAGAGGAUUUGAAAUUAUUUGCUUGCUUCAAGUUGGAAGAAUUGCCUUCCAAUCUCAGCGGGCUGAAAUCUUUAAAAUUGCUAGAUUUAAGAGGCUGCGAUAAUCUUAAAAAAGUCCCUUCAUCCCUUAAACAAAUGGGUAAGGAUUUCACCCUCUGGGGUCCUAAUGGCCUACAGGACAAGCCCUGCACUUCAUUUAAGUAGCUUAUGUACUUGAAAGUUUGAGACAGAUCCACUGUACACUGGAAAAAGUAGAAGUAUAUUAUGUUAGCCUCUCUAUAUGGUAUUC